UCCUGUCGGACGAGGGUCGCAGUGCGCCUGCGCCCGGGCAGGGGUUGCCUUGGCGACUCGGCCUUUCUCUGUUUUCCUUCUCUCGCCCCCCUGCGGGUCCCUGAUCCGCGCCUGCGCAGAGGACUCGGCACGGAGGUGGCCGAACUGUGGGGAGCGGCCGGAGUGGGCGCAUGGAAGACCCAAGAUUAUCUAAAGACACAGGGAAAAUGGUGGAAAAUUCACCGUCGCCAUUGCCAGAAAGAGCGAUUUAUGGCUUUGUCCUUUUCUUAAGCUCCCAAUUUGGCUUCAUACUGUAUCUUGUGUGGGCUUUUAUUCCUGAGUCUUGGCUAAACUCCUUAGGCUUAACCUAUUGGCCUCAAAAAUACUGGGCAGUUGCACUGCCUGUGUACCUCCUCAUUACUGCAGUGAUUGGUUAUGUGCUCUUAUUCGGGAUAAACAUGAUGAGUACCUCUCCACUCAACUCCAUUCAUACAAUCACAGAUAACUAUGCCAAAAACCAACAGCCGAAGAAAUACCAAGAAGAGGCCAUCCCAGCAUUAAGAGAUAUUCCUAUUAGUGAAGUAAACCAAAUGUUUUUUCUUAAAGCCAAAGAACUUUACACCAAAAACUGAAUUGUACAUAGACUAAUACCAAACAUUUAUUACAAAUUUUUGAUGGAAGAAUCUCGACCGUAGUAAUUUUGACUGUCUUUCUGAUUAAUAUCCAGUAUUGAAAUGUUAAAAAAAAAGAAAGAAAAAUGUAAGUUGAACUUCUCUUAGAUUAAGUUCUAUUAAUAUUAUAAAUGUUAUCAAAUAGUAGUUACUAAUAGAGUAAAUAAAAUACUACAUUACCAUGUGGCA